UGCUGCGGUCUCGCGGUCUUCUCUGUUAUUGGAUGGCGUCCUGACGUCACGGUUGUAAACGGUCAAACACCCGUAUGAACUCGCAGCUGUUUGUCCACAGAGCAAACAUGUCGGGAAGGAGAGAGCCGAGCGGAGGGACUUCACAUACGACAUGCUCACCUGAGUCCUAAAGGUUCACCGGACAACCACGUCGGUUGCUUUUUUAUGCGAGUGAGAAACUGCUGGAGCCACGUUACUAUUCUUAUUUUGACGGAAGCGUGACAGUUGGGAACGAAUGGACGGAUAAAGACAGAGUCGGGGCUUGAAUUGAAGAAGCAGGCGGCCGGGUAGGGACAGAGGGGGUCCAGCGUGUGUGUGCUCUAAACAAGACGGGGUAGCUCCUUGAUAGGGGAUGUUAUCCGUACUGUCUUAUGGCAGACUGGUAGCCAGGGCUGUCCUUGGCGGACUCUCUCAGACGGACGGUCGGGACUACAGCCUGAUCAGCGCCAGCUAUGGUUUUGGUAAAGACUUUCGAAAAGGGAUCCUGAAGAAAGGGAUGUGCUACGGAGAUGAUGCCUGCUUCAUUGCGCGGCACAGGGCAGCUGAUGUUUUGGGUGUUGCAGAUGGCGUCGGUGGUUGGCGAGACUACGGCGUCGACCCGUCUCAGUUCUCAGCCACCUUAAUGAGAACCUGUGAGCGACUUGUUAAGGAGGGACGCUUCACUCCGAGUAAUCCAGUGGGCAUCCUGACAUCUGGAUACUAUGAGCUUCUACAGAACAAAGUCCCCCUGCUAGGGAGCAGCACAGCCUGUAUCGUCGUCCUGGACCGACGAAGUCACCGGCUACACACGUGCAACCUCGGUGACUCCGGUUUCCUGGUGGUUCGAGGCGGAGAGGUAGUUCAUCGCUCAGACGAGCAGCAGCACUAUUUUAAUACACCCUUCCAGCUGUCAAUCGCUCCCCCGGGAGCUGAAGGGGUGGUGCUCAGCGACAGUCCUGAAGCAGCAGACAGCUCCUCCUUUGACGUGCAGCUUGGUGACAUCAUCCUUACAGCAACCGACGGCCUGUUUGACAACAUGCCAGACUACAUGAUCCUGCAGGAGCUAAAAAAACUCAAGACUACCAACUAUGACAGCAUCAUGCAGACUGCACAGAGUAUUGCAAAGCAAGCUCAUGACCUCGCCUAUGACCCCAACUAUAUGUCCCCUUUUGCACAGUUUGCCUGUGAUAAUGGCCUGAAUGUAAGAGGAGGAAAGCCAGAUGACAUCACGGUGCUGCUGUCCAUUGUGGCUGAAUACACAGACUAAAAAAAAUGUGUGUGUUUGAGUGUGUGUGUGUGUAUGUGCGCACGCGUCUCUGGGGCUGUUCCUUCCUUCCCAUCUGCCUAAGUCUUCCACCUGCAGCCCUCCCUAAAACAUGCACCGCAUCCUGUGGGCUGACAGGCGGGAGGCCCGCCGACACGGCGCACACUCUCUCGCUGCAGGGGCUGACGGCCAGCCGUGUACAUCUUUUGUUUUCUUCCUCUGUUUUGCUUCAGUGCUCCAACGGUUGAGGAGAAGCAGGCAGCUAGGACCUUUUUUUUUUUUUUUUCAUGUUGAUCAUGAUGCAGGAGGAGGCGAGUACAACGGGCUGCAGCCUCACACGUCUCAUUGCGUUACAUGAUUGGGUGUUUGGUGAUGGGACUGUUUGGUUUGACUGGGAGCUUUAAAGCCCUCCUGUUUAAAAAAAAAAGUGAAAUAAUAAGAGGAGUAAGCCAUGGUGUGGAUCCUUCAGCGAGUAGCAAUAGAGUUGAUUUUGGUUUUGAACCUGGCAAUCAGUCUCUGCUGUUCCAAUCUGUUCCUUGUUGUUAUUGUGUUUGAUCAAAGCUUGUAGAUGGGCCGAGGAAGCUGCUGUUGGAUGUGGAGGGGUGUUUUAACAAAAAAUGUAGAGUUGGGUUUGGGAAUGUGAACGAUAGGAGUUUACUAACAAGUAAAUACUCAGAUUGAAAUAACCUGUAAAGGGAAACACACUUGUUGUAGCUUACAGCACACGUGUAGGUUGAUCAGUUUCUCGUCACUUUGCUGGGGGAUCUGUUGGUGCGCACAUCCUGAUAAGUUGUAAAUAUUUUUGUGUCUUUAGGGCUACGUUCCAGCCUUUCUGUUGUAUUUGCUUUGGUUGCUAAAGCAAAAAAAGAUAUUUGGUUACACUUGUGGAAGAUGUACACAUGCAUUCAUAAAUAUAUAUUUUCUUGUAUAGAUGUUGAACUUGGAGUGAGCUUUAUCUACCCCACACUUCCACUCGCUGAAAUGAACAAGUAGAUACUGUUAUGAGAUUGAUUGCUGCAGCGUCUGUGUGGGAGGAGGGCAGUGUGCGCGCGUGGAAUACAUACGAGAAUGUUUGGUGUAUUUAAUGUUGAUAUUUGUUAUUUCACAAAACUGAAGCUAGCAUCUGGGAAUGCUUGCAAUUGCAAUGAUAGGUCAGGCAUGAAUUUAAAAGAAGAGAUGUAUUUUUUUAUUUAGUUUUAAAAAGUUAGACUUUGAGUUGGCUGUGUGAUGAAUGACAAAAAAUCCUGCAAAUCUUAAGAGUCGUGUGUGUGUGCGUGUGUGGGUGUAAUGUGUUCUUAUUUCUCAGUUCCUUAUUCCCUGUACAUUUGUUUGCUGCUUCUCGUGCAGAUGUCUGUACUCAACACAGUCACCAUGAUUGUAACUUGUGUGCUGCAUCACAUUACAUUAAUCAAAAACGAUGAUAAUACCGUUCUGCUUGUGAAUCCGUCCUUUAAGUCUAACAGCUCACCCAAGUGUUUAGGACAAUGUCUUCAUAGUCAAAAAAAAGUUGGUGCACCAAAGACACAUUUUCUAUGUGUAUGUGAUUACACUUUGUUGUUACAAACAUCAAACAGCAAUACUGUAAAUUCCUCGUGCUCUGAGUUUUGUUUGGUGGCCAGAUGUGUGGGUGAAAAUGUUCAGCAGGACAUGAAAAUAUAUUUUCUAUGCUUACAGUUGUUUUAUCAGACAAAAGUUGUAUCAUAUUUAAGUUAUAUGUGACUGGUUGCAACAAAGUACAAGACAGGUUUAUGAAACCAAAGAAGGAAAGCCAUAUUCAAACACAUGAUUGCUAUGUGAGACCUGUUAUAAUAACAUGUUUUUUCCUCAUUAGUGGAAACAAUGCUAUAAAAACUGUCUGUCCUCCCAUCUGCACCACUCAUUCUGCAUGAUUUCUGCAAGCACUGGCCCCACUACUCAAUGUUUCUUUUGUUCCUGUCUUUAGAACGGUUUACAAAUGCUGUACAAAGGUUUUGAACUUGUAUUUACUUCAAAGAUAGCCCUAUAUUUGACAGAAAGAUGGAUCCCACAUGCAGAAAGAAGCAGUGGUGAGAUAGAUAAUGGUGCUGUGAAUUUAAAGUAUGAGGGUGAGCACAGUUUCAGCCUUAACAAAUAGCUAGACCUGUAAUCGAGGCCUUUCCUGUCAUUGCAAGCUUGUGUCAUCUCGGUCAUGCUGUUCAACACUUGAUGUAAACGAAGUCUGCCCGUCUCACUUCUGUAAAGCCGUUCUCAAAGGUGCUUCUGCAGUCCGUAUGGUAUGAUUGUCCUCUUUACAGCAAGCGAUGUUUGUGUGUAUGAAAGAUACACCUAUGUCUACUGUGUAACAAUGCAGGUCUAAUUUCUGUAAAUAUGUUUUAAAAUAUGUACAAUAUUUAAAUAAAGAAUCUAGUAUUUAUACUAAA